AUGACAGAGGUAGCAACGCGAUGUUACGCUAAAUGCCGGCAUUUUGAUAACAUUCUUCUUUCUUUCUUCCUUUCUUUAUUUCUUUCUUUUUCUUCUCUUUUUUUCUUUCUUUCUUUCUUUCUUUCUUUCUUUCUUUUUCCUUUUAUUUCUUUAAUUCCUUCCUUUUCUUUCUUUCUUUCUUUCUUUUUCUUCCCUUUUUCUUUCUUUCUUUUUUACUUCCUUUCUUUUUCCUUUUAUUUCUUUAAUUCCUUCCUUUUCUUUCUUUCUUUUUGUUCCCUUUUUUCUUUCUUUCUUACUUCCUUUCUUUUUCCUUUUAUUUCUUUAAUUCCUUCCUUUUCUUUCUUUCUUUCUUUCUUUCUUUUCUUCCUUUUCUCUUUCUUUCUUACUUCCUUUUCUUUUCCUUUUUAUUUCUUUAAUUCCUUUUUUCUUUCUUUCUUUCUUUCUUUUUCUUCCUUUUCUCUUUCUUUCUUACUUCCUUUCUUUUCCUUUUAUUUCUUUAAUUCCUUCCUUUUCUUUCUUUCUUUCUUUCUUUUUUCUUCCUUUUCUCUUUCUUUCUUACUUCCUUUCUUUUUCCUUUUAUUUCUUUAA